AUGAAUUCAGAUGUUGAAAAGCACAUAAAACAGAAUCACCAGUGGCAAAUUCUGCCAGCAAAUGUAAAACAGAGUUUAGGAAAUUCAGCCAAAGAAUAUGAUAAAGCUAUUGUUAAUUUUAGCGUCAAAAAUCAACUUCGGUUUAAAGGAAAUUUAAUUCGUCAUUUAUUGAAAGAUGAAAGGAAAUAUUAUGAGGAUGUAGUGACAUAUAGCAGAGAACAUCUGAUGUUGUACCCAUACCAUCUAGCAGAUGUCAUUGUCAAAGGAUUGAGGUUAACUCCCUUUGCUUACUAUGUUAACAUGAUGCAAGAUAUAAUGACUCAAGAAAAAUCCUAUGAUUCUUUACCCAACUUUACAGCAGCUGAUUGUCUAAGAUUAUUAGGAAUUGGUAGAAACCAAUACAUAGAUCUGAUGAAUCAAUGCCGCUCUUCCAAGGUGAGACUUUUUGAUUUGAGGAAUGGAUUUUUCAGGCAUAAUAUAUUGAAUAAGGCUUAUUUAGAUUAA